GGAAAAACAAGCAAAAGACUUGAAAAGGUGCCUUAUAAGCUCUUCUUGCCUCUUCUUGAUAAGGUGUUGAGUUCAACAACAAGCUUAGAUGAGCAAUAUCAAGCUUGGCGUUGAAGUCAUAAGCGCACAUGGUCUGUUUAACACAGACAAGCAAAACUCAUGUAGCCCUUUCGUGGAGCUCAAGUUUGAUAACCAGAUAUUCCGCACAACCACCAAACCCAACGACCCAAACCCCGUCUGGCACGAGUCUUUCUACUUCGCUGUCUCUGAUCCUUCCUUCCUCUCCACACGUACACUCGAAGCCCAUGUCUACAGCUACCAGGACGGAACCGAUGCUAAGCCCUUUCUUGGCAAAGUUCGAGUCAACGGAACAUCCUUUGUUCCUCACUCUGAAGCAGCUCCUUUCAACUACCCUCUAGAGAAACGCAGCGUCUUCUCUAGAGCCCGUGGAGAGCUUGGCUUGAGAGUCUUCAUCACAGAGGAUCCUUCUAUCACACCUUCUCUCCCAACCCAAGUUCUUGAAUCUCCUCCUCGAGCUUAUUAUAUCCCUAGUCCACGUCAAGAACCUGUAACAAACUCCAUAAUCACAACUGCUGGUGAUGAGAGAAGAGAGCUUAAAACCCCUAAAACACGUACGUUUUAUAACGUUCCCAAUCAACAACAACAACAGCCGAUGGUGAUGAACUAUGGUAUGCAGGAGAUGAGAGCUGCUGCUCCCUUGCCUCCAAGAGUAGUUCAGGUCAACGCUCCAUCAGAUUUCUCCGUCAAAGAGACAAGCCCUUUCCUGGGAGGUGGACAGAUCAUUGGAGGGAGAGUGGUUCGUGGCACACAGAGACCUUCAAGCGGCACGUAUGAUCUCGUUGAAGAGAUGAGGUUUCUCUUCGUGAGAGUCGUGAAGGCGCGUGAUCUCCCUGACAGAGACCUAUCCGGAAGCUUAGACCCUUACGUUGAAGUUAAAAUAGGAAACUUCAAAGGAGUUACAAGACAUUUAGACAAGAACUCUGAUCCGGAGUGGAACCAAGUCUUUGCUUUUGCUAAAGAGAAUCUUCAGUCCAACGUUGUUGAAAUCGUUGUCAAGGAUAAAGACCUUGUCCUUGAUGAUUACGUCGGCACUGUUCGGUUUGAUCUCCAUGAGGUUCGGUCUCGUGUUCCUCCGGAUAGUCCUUUAGCUCCAGAGUGGUACAGACUUGAGAACAAGAGAGGUGAGAAGAAGAAAGCUGAGAUCAUGCUUGCUGUUUGGGAAGGUACUCAAGCUGAUGAAGCUUUUGGUGAUGCUGUCUUCUCAGACUCAUUGACAUCUUCAGACAGCUCAGACAUCAUCUCAGCUAACUUGCGCUCCAAGGUCUACCAUUCUCCUCGGCUAUGGUACCUAAGGGUGAAGAUACUAGAGGCUCAAGACGUGAUCAUAGUCUCUGACAAGUCCCGUCUCCCUGAAGCCUUUGUGAGAAUCCAGAUCGGUAACCAAAUGUUAAAGACUAGAGUCUCUCAAAGAAGCUUUCAUCCAACAUGGAACCAAGAGUUCAUGUUUGUAGUCGCUGAGCCGUUUGAGGAACACUUGGUCCUCUCAGUGGAAGAUCACUCUGCAGCUAACAGAGACGAGCCAGUAGGCAAAGCUGUGAUUCCACUCUCUGCUAUUGAGAGACGUAAUGAUGAUAGAACUUUCCGUAGCCGUUGGUUUCAUCUUGAAGACUCGAUCUCAGAUGCUAUGGAUGAGGACAAGGCCAAGAGAGUGAAGUUCGCUACUAGGAUCCAUGUGGCUGCGGUUCUUGAAGGAGGCUACCAUGUUUUUGAUGAGUCUACUUACUACAGCAGCGAUCUAAGGCCUACAGCGAGACCGCUCUGGAAACAAGCUAUAGGAGUCUUGGAGCUUGGGAUACUUAACGCAAACGGGCUCCACCCGGUGAAAUCUAGAGACGGGAAAGGUACUUCGGACACGUACGUUGUUGCUAAAUACGGUCACAAGUGGGUUCGGUCAAGAACUGUAAUCAACAGUUUGAGUCCAAAGUACAAUGAGCAAUACACAUGGGAAGUGUUUGAUCCAGCAACGGUUCUAACCAUCUGCGUCUUUGACAAUGGUCACUUCUCAGCUGGAAACGGAUCCAGAGAUCAGACCAUUGGGAAAGUCCGUAUCAGACUCUCCACUCUUCAGACAGGACGUGUCUACACGAACGCUUACCCUUUACUUGUUCUAACCCCAUCUGGUCUCAAGAAAAGAGGGGAGCUUCAGUUAGCAGUGAGAUUCACAUGCACAUCAGUCUCCAACAUGAUGAUGAAAUACACAAAACCACUCUUGCCUAAAAUGCAUUACAUACAACCUUUAUCCGUAAACCUGCAGGAGAUGCUUAGGGUGCAGGCUCUCAACAUAAUCGUGGCUCGACUAGGCAGGUCUGAGCCGCCGCUUAGACGAGAAGUGGUUGAGUACAUGACCGAUGCUAAGACUCAUCUGUUCAGCAUGAGGAGAAGCAAAGCCAACUUCUAUAGGUUCACAGCCGUGUUCUCGGGAGUGAUGUCUAUGUGGAAAUGGAUGGGAGAAGUGUGCAGCUGGAGGACGCCGGUGACGACGGCGCUUGUGCACGUGCUGUACACGAUGCUUGUGAUGUUCCCGGAGAUGAUUUUGCCGACUGUGUUUCUGUAUAUGGCUGUGAUUGGGUUGUGGAACUACAGGUUUAAACCGAGGUUUCCUCCUCAUAUGGAUACCAAACUGUCUUACGCGGAGAGUGUGAAUGCUGAUGAGCUUGACGAAGAGUUUGAUAUCUUCCCGACCAUCAAGGCUCCUGACAUUGUCAAAAUGAGGUACGACCGGCUGAGAAUUGUGGCGGGGAAGAUACAGACGGUGGUUGGAGACAUAGCGGCACAGGGAGAGCGCGUGCAGGCUUUGCUGAGCUGGCGUGAUCCACGGGCCACUGCAAUUUUUGUGACGUUCUGUUUCAUCAUUGCCAUGAUUCUCUAUAUAACACCUUUUAAGCUCUUUGCUCUCCUCUCCGGCUACUACUUCAUGCGACACCCUAAGCUCAGACACCGUAUUCCAUCCGCUCCACUCAACUUUUUCCGGAGACUUCCGGCCAUGACGGACUCUAUGCUCUAAAUCUUGUUCCAGAUAACAGAGAGAGAUAGAGGAUUCAACAAACAUAUAUGUCUAUAUAAAACUGUUCAAAUUUGGAUUUGUAUCUAUCAAUCUAUAUGUAUAUAUUGAGAAUCUAGCAUAGUCACGAACUCGUCCUUCAAAUCCACAAGCAAGAUUAACGACGAUUGAAAAACUUGCCUUCACAUUGUUAAAAGGGAGAUUGAUUGAUAUAGGCUGAACCAGGUCCAGGAAAACAGAGGCCCAUAAAAGCCCAUGGGCUUUUACACAUCACAAAACCAAUACUGCUUAGUGCGUCAUCGACUAAGACCGUUAGUGAUUACGGCAGCCAGAGAACGGAAAAGAGGAAGCAGUUCAAUGAAGUAAGAAGAACAAACCACUUGUUCUAACAGGCGGUGCUAUGUUCUGGGGGGCCAUAUGGUCAGUGACAGUGAGGAAUGGGCAGAUUCUUUGGUUGUCUUCUCGAGUCUCAACAAUUUCAUUUAACUUGUCGGUAAUUUAUUUCUUUUUUUCUCUGUCUUGUUGUUGCUUCAG